AAUCAUUAUAAAUGAAAAAAUCUCCUCCUCAAAAAGAUCAAAAAAAAGAGAAAAGUCUCGAAAAAGCAGGUGAAAAAUAAGAAAAACAAGAGAAGUUCGAAAAAUAGCAUAAAACUCUUUAGCCUUUAGAUAAAGUAAGGAUACCUAGGAAUGUGAACUUUUAUUUACAUUUCUUAUAGCAUCCAGAAAUAACUGAAAAUGAUAUUGAAUGGGUGUUAUAAUUGCGACAUUGGGAUGCUGUAAGUCUAUGUAAUAUAAUACAAUUAGAAUAAAAUGAAAGAGCUUCUUAGUAAAAUACCAAAUCAACCAUAUUCGCUUGCUGACAAAAAAACAAUAUUUUCAGAGAAGAAGCAUGAUGUCUAGGAUGUAAAAAACAAAGACAACAUAGCUAGUUUUAUGCACUUACUUACUCAUCGUUUAGGAUUAAGUGCAUCUGGAAGUUUGGCAGAUUUUGAAACUGGAUUAAGAAGAUAUCAAGAAAAUGAUGACAAUUUGAGUAAGAGAGAAAAGGGAUGGUGGUAUAUAGCUAAGAAAGAUAGACAUGAUUUUCCAGAAUUCCCUAAAUCUUUAAAAGAAUAGACAGAACUUAAAAAGUCUUUUAGUACUGGGAAGUUUAAUAAAAUGAAAUUUACAUAUUCUGGUUUUGAGGGGAUGCAAGAACUGCCACCUUAUACGAUGAAAUUUAAGCAGGGAAAUUGUGGAAGUGUGAAACAUUUAUUUGGUCCAGAUAUUAGAAUGUCAUAAGGAUAGUGGGAAGAAGGAUUAAGGGAUUCUUAUAAUAAAAGAAUGCCAUAAUAAAAUCGAAACAAAGAGGAGAGUAAAAAUAAAAAGAAAUUGGAUCCAAUUAAAAAAUGA